ACAGGGGAGGAAGAGGAGGACAAGAGACUUCAUGAACGUGAGGGAGACAAUGCAUGGUUACAGUAUGGAUCUCAGUCUGCUCCAAGCUCUGGAGAGAGAGAAGGUUCUAGAAGUCCUACAGCGGGACAAAGCGCUUCGUACCAUAGAGGAAGAAAGGAUCAGGAAGCUGAAGUCUGAGCUGCAGGAGAUCCGUCGAAAAGGUGCCAAGAGUUUUGCUUGUCAGUACAGCGAGCGGACGUGCGCUCGGUGCCAGAGGCCACUGGGAAAGUUCUGGAACUGUGGAGCCGUGUGCCGUGGAUGCAGCCAUCGCAUCUGCAGCAAGUGUCGGGUGAGCCUGUCCGCCCACAACUGGACGUGCACCGUGUGUCAUGCCUACAGGGAGGUGAAGUUUAAAUCUGGAGAAUGGUUUCUGGAAGUGCGAGCCAAAAAAUUCCCACGGAAUUCAGAGGUGUGUGAGAACACAGGAGAGAGACUGUUACAGACCUACAGACGGCUGAGUCAUAUUUCAGUAGUUCCACCAACACCUCCGCCUUGUUAUGAUGGCCCAUCCUCCUCAGUGUUCGACAGAACUGGGGGCCUAAAAAGUUCCAAACCAUUUACAAAGUCCAUGGAGAACCUCAUGGUUUCUGUCACAUCUCAUAUUAAAAAAAUAUCAAGGUCUCAGAAUGACCUGAGGACAGAACAGGUCCUGCUGACUGUGGACGAUGGCAGAAGAAGCCGCAAGAGCCAAUCAGACACAGCCCUCAACAUAUCCUCUGGCUUGAAAAAGGUUCCCAGUUUACCCAGUUUACUGAGGAAGCCUGAGAGUGAGGGCCAGCAGGACGGAGGUCUCUGUGCUGACGACGAGGCCUCGCUGCAGUCUGGGUACUCCAGUGACAAAAGGUGGAGCAGCAGUAGCACAGGAACAGAGCCUGAGAUGUUUGAUAAUGUGCGUUUUUCGGGGGAAAUCAAUCUGGCUGUGUGCUACAGCAGCAGUGCAUCCUGUUUGGAGAUACAGAUCAGUAGCUGCAGGAACCUCACAUCUGGGGAUUUCAAGAAGACAAAAUGUCACCCAUAUGUGAAGCUCUACAUACUCCCAGAGAAAUCAGUCUACGGCAAAAUGAAAACCAGCAUCAAGAAAAACACUACAGAGCCUGUUUACAACCAAGUCUUCCAGUGCUCCAUAGAGAGGAAUGUGCUGGUGUCCAGUACGCUGCAGGUGUCCGUGUGGCACGUGGGCACGCUGAAGAAGAAAGUGUUUUUGGGCGAGACCCUAAUUCCACUGGCUCCGUGGGCACUGGAGGACUGUGCCAGUCAAGGCGCUGCCUGGUACUCUCUGGGCCCUAAGCUGGAGGUUCCAGUGAAGCCUGCUGUGGUAUCAGAGGAGCUGUUGAUAUCAGUCAGAUUCACAUCACUGUCACAACCCUCCUGGGCUUACAGAUGCACAGACGACAUUUGCAUUGGAGUGUGUGAUGCUGGUGUUUUGAGUGUUCUGGUCAAAGGGAUUCAAAACCAGCCAGCAUCCAGAUCAAACCCAUCACUCAACACCUACAUCAGAGGGUAAGUGUGUUAGAUUAUGCACUCAACACCUACAUCAGAGGGUGAGUGUGUUAGAUUUUGCACUCAACACCUACAUCAGAGGGUAAGUGUGUUAGAUUAUGCACUCAACACCUACAUCAGAGGGUGAGUGUGUUAGAUUUUGCACUCAACACCUACAUCAGAGGGUAAGUGUGUUAGAUUAUGCACUCAACACCUACAUCAGAGGGUAAGUGUGUUAGAUUAUGCAUUGACCGGUCCGUACAGAUCCUAAUGCUAUCGUUUUAGCUGCUUAAUAUGUUUUAAUAUGACGAGUGUGGUUCUUGAAUCAAGCCUGCUAAAGUGUUUUACUGUUU